AUGACAAAAUCUGAAUAUAUUGUACCAGAACAACUAAGAGACACUAAUUUGACUGAGUCACUUUGUAUUGGUCCGUAUGAGAUUUUACACAGGAUUGUGCCAUCUACAAAAAGAGUAAAUUAUAAUCAUCUUUGCCAAUUUGAUUUAAAGUCAAAUAGACCGGGAACAUUGAUCAUUAAUCCAAUACCCCCUUCUUGCACUUUGGAGAAUCUAAAAAAUAUUGUUGAACAGGUUCAAGUUAAUGGUUCAUUCAUAUGGAUAUCGGUUGAAUUCAGUAUUUCGGGCGUUGCAGAUUUCAAUGGCAUGACUAGGGAUCAAAUUUACACUUCGAUCCGUAAAGUACAAGAACAAGUGAGUGUUAUCAUGGAGCAUGUCAAACCCAAUGGUAUUGAAAUUGAUGCUACGUGUGACGUAAUUUCGCAAUCAUUGCAUUCGAUGAAAAACAGCCGCACGGAUGAAUUUGGUGGGUCCAUUCAGAAUAGGUCAUGCCUUCUAAUGACGAUCAUCAAGGAGUUACUCAAAGUUGUACCUUCUCAAGUACUCAGUGUAAAGGUUAAUCCAUUCCAGGACCUGGAAACUGAUCCGAUAUGUCUUGCUGAAUAUGCAUAUAUUUUUGGUGAAUUAGAAAGCUGGAGAAGAACGAAUGGAAUUACUAUUUCAUUCAUUCAUUUGGAAGAACCUUUGCAUAAUUUUGACGUCUCUAAUAACUUUGUACAUGCUGUUUGGAAGGGUGUGGUUGUAAGAGAGGGUAAUUUCAGAGAUAUACAUACUAUUAAGGACCUUAUGAAAAAUGAUAAGACAUUAAUCGCACUAGAAUGA